UCAGGUUUUUGUGCCGACAUCCCAAACAACCACUGAGACAGAUUUUGAACCAACCCCUAUGCUACAGAUUGAAGGGACUACAGAAACCACUCCUGAACCCCCCAAACAACUUCAAGAGACCACACCCACGCUUCCCCCAGCUCCAACUAAAAUUCAUCCAGACGCAGAAGACGUUGCUGCCCUGUUGAUGAUGGCACGGACAGCAUCCUAUGUUCCUAAAACAGAUGCAGGGGUGCCAUCAUUCAUCCUUGGAUUGACUGAUUCAAGCCAGGAGGGGGCGUCAACGCAGGAGACAGAAAGGGCAAAAUCUCCAGAAUCUGCAAAUUUGAUAGAACAAUUGGACGAUUUGGUCCAAAAAAUAGCAAGCAGUGCGGCUAAGGGAAAAAACAAAAGUCCACAAAUUCAGAGGGAGACUGGGGGAGAAAGUUCUGCAAAGUUUCAAACUCCUGGGGGAUUAUAUCAGAUUACGGAUGAUAUGAAACAAAAGUGCUACAUCUGGGGGACGAGACUGAAGGAAGAUGCAGAUGGCAAUACUAACGAAAAAUAUACUAGCAUGGCACUUUCAGAUCACCCAAAGGGGGAAUUCGUAUCAUCGAAAACGAAAAAGGAAUUCAAGAUUUUUGCUCCUGUUUGCCACAUGGGGCAUUGGUGGUUAUGGCUGAUAAAUACAACAAAGCGGAAAUGUCAUAUACUUGACCCGCUACACAAAAAAGCUCUAAGCGAUGAGAGAAAGCAGGUUAAUAAAUUCACUGAGGUGGACCACUAUAGAGUGGAGUAUGCUUCUCGGAUACUAUUCAGCGAGAUGAAUAAAGAAAGAGAUCGGGCAAUUAGAGAGAGAAGUGCUAUAAGGCUGUCGAAGCCAUCCUCUGUAUUAUUGAGUCCGUUUUGUCAGAUUAAUUCUGCUGAUAUAGAAACUGCGUAA